UUAAACUGAUCAAGUCUGUUAUAUUAUUUUCUUAUGAAACACACCAAUGACUCGGAGACAAACAUUAUAUGUUACAGGGUUUUCGAGCGAUAUUCGUGCAAAGGAUUUAGCCUAUAAAUUUGAAAAGUUUGGAAGAUUGGUUCGGUGUGAUAUUCCAGUCCCUAGGAAGGUUGGUGCACGACCAUUUGCAUUUGUUGAAUAUGAAGAUUCGAGAGAUGCAGAUGAGGCAUAUCAUGAUUUACAUGGGCUUCGUAUGGGACGGGAUACUCUGAGCAUUGAGUGGGCUAAAAAAUCGCCAUCUGCAUCAUGGAGAUUUGAUGAGCGUACAUAUUCAUCACAUCGACGAGGGCGUAGUAGUUCCAGGAGGAGACAUCGUUCAUAUAGCCGUAGCUAUAGUGAUAGUCGGAGUCGUUCACGUAGUCGAAGUCGUUAUAAUCAUCGUCGUCAUCGGUGUAGUCAUUACAGUCGAAGUCGGAGUCGUGCUCGCGGUCGUCGUCAUGUUCGGAGUCGUACACGAAGCCACACUCGAAGUCAUACACGAAGUCAUACACGAAGUCACACUCGAAGUCGUACUCGAAGUCGUACUCGAAGUCGCACACGAACUCGUUCUCGAAGUCGCACACGAACUUGUUCUCGUACUCGAACCCGUUCACAUUGUCGAAGUCGUUCAUAUAGUCGAACCCGUUCGUGCAGUCGUCCUUCUCCACAAUGUCCUUUUGAAACUGCAAAACAUGAUAAUAAUGCCGAGUUGCCUAUCCAGGAUGCUUCAUUUCCUGUUGAUAAUACAGUCGAAUUAUCGGCUUCUGCAUUAAAGAAUGAUGAUUCACAACAGACGACUAAUGGAAUGACUAUAGGGACUAAUGAUAUCGCCGAAACACAAUAACAGCUUUAUAGAAAUAAUCCUAAAUGAUACAGAUUUUGGACAUAA